UUUGACAGGAAAGCUGAUUUUUUGUAUAUUUUUUAAGAAAUGUUGGAAUUUUGGCUUAUGAUCCGAAUUUUCUGGAUUUAUUUUUAAUCUGUAAAGAAAAUUUCAUUCUAUACACUUUUAAAUUAGGAGUAUAAAAUAUUGCUAGAGCUUUACUUAAACAUGGAUAUGAGCGAUGAUGAUGACUUUCACCCAUCUUUGGAACCUGUAGUGAUAAUAAAUGAUGAGGAUGAUUUGGAAGAGGAUUGUGGAAGUGAUUCGGAUCCACUAAGUGGAUGUGAUUCAGAAAAUGUAAGAAUAAUAAAUUCAAUUGGACCAGAGAUUUCAAUUAUACCUGUUAGAAAGAAAAAACCACAGUUUAAGAUAAGAUUGUUUCAAAAAGAAUUUUCUCCAUCGAGUGAUGAUAUCAACACUAAAGUUCACAGCAUUACUAGAUCUCCAAGAGAAAAAGUGCGAUUAGUGUCCCAAGAUGAAGCUCAAAGUGCAGGCGAAACAUACACCAAAAGAAAAUCCAGUCCUUUAGAAAAAUGUCCAAUAUGCAAAAAAUUUUUCAGAAGAAUGAAAACUCAUUUACUAAAACAUGAUAUUUUAACUAGAUCUCCAGAAGAAAGCCUCUAUUGUAACUUAUGUCACAAAACUUUUAAUACUGCAAGCAAUCUUGCAAUCCACAUGAGAACUCAUUCUGGGGAAAGGCCACACACAUGUGAAGUUUGCAAUAAGUCAUUUUCACAAAGUUGUAAUCUAGUCAAUCAUAUGAGGGUUCACACAGGUGAAAAACCCUUUAAAUGCCCUCACUGUGACAGAGCAUUUACACAAUCAGGUAAUCUCAACAAUCACAUUCGUCUCCAUACAGAUGAAAAGCCUUUCCAAUGUCAUUUUUGUGACAAAGCUUUCGUUCAAUCAGGAAAUCUUAGUUCUCACAUUAGGAAUAAUCAUAAAGUUGCCACUGAUAUCUCAUUCCAUUCUUUGGCUGAAGUAUUGUAGUUAUUUUGAUAUACUUUUGAUAUAUUUUUUUAAAAUGAUGGUUUUACGAUCAACAUAAAAUUCUUUUAC